AUGGAACGAUCAAAGCCCCAGGCUUUCUUGACGAGCUACGCGCCGCGACUGCGCGCCUACAACAACUCCCUCCUCACGCCCGUUCUACCAAGCAGCGCGCCCGCAGGACCAGCUUCGAGAACCACAAAGCGAGGGACGACGAUCAUAAAUUAUGCUGAAGAUGGCUACGAUGACCUGGAAGAUGAUAGCGACGACCCUAGACGACGACCGACGGGACUGAGGAGCUUACGAAAGGAGGACUCGGUCAACAGACAAGACCUCACCGACAAGAUUGGCAAGGACACCAAAGAGCCUGUCGAGGUGCAGGGUGUCUGGCGUGAUUGGAUCGCCAAGCACAGGCUGCUGAGGAGCGACCAACAGAAUGCUGUUCAAGCAACAUUGCCUCUCACCCUGAUUCCGAUUAGAAUCGAUGUGGAUGUUCCCGCGUUCAUCCCACCAGCUCCAUAUCCCAUGCCACAUAACCCGAGUGCAGUGGACACCUCACUCCCUCAGUAUCGUCAACAGGAGGCGACAGUGCCGUAUAAACUCCGGGACAUCUUUUGCUGGAAUCUGCACGAGACUCUUAUCUCUACCGAUCAGUUCGCCCAAACUCUAGUGCAGGACCUCGAUCUGCCUAACCGGCAGGCAGUCAUUGCUGAUAUCAGCAAGCAAAUCCGGACGCAGCUUGAAGAGUAUUCGGGCGUUGCUCUUCACCCACUAUUUCACAGUGACCCCCAGGCCCUCUCUGUUCCACAGCCCACGACUGCUGCACUGACGCCGCGGCCAAGCUUCGCGCUGAAGUCCCGGGAUGACUCUCCCGUCUCCGCCAUACGAGGGGCGUCCCGGCCUGACACUCCGGCGCAGACUGGAGGCGCGGCUACUCCUUCGCAAUCCCAAGUUCCCGAUAUCACCGCAGAGGCGACGCCGAUUCUUCCUGAGUCUGACGACUACAACCCUGACGAUACCUAUCGAUGCAUCAUCAACCUGAACCUUAAUCUGGCAUCAAUGCUCUACACUGAUAAGUUUGAAUGGUCUCUAUUGCAUCCGCCUGGAACCGCCGAAGCGUUCGCCAAGGUCACUUGUACAGAUCUUGGGCUGACAGGAGAGUGGAUACCGGCAAUGACGCAUGCCAUCUACGAAGCGGUUCUGCGGCUGAAAAAGGAAGCCUGCGAGGCUGGCGGCCUCGUUGCUGGAUGGGGUGGGAUGCAGCAGGAAUUACCAAACGAUGCUGCCCAUGGCUCUGAGGCUGGCUGGAGGUAUGACCCGGAGCACCUUGGAGAUGAUUGGGAGCCAAAAGUAGAAUUCCUGAGCAAGGAAGAGAUUGAGAAGCGAGAGGGCGACCGAGAACGAGAAGUUCGUCGAUUACGCCGUGAGACGGCGCGGUUCAGCUCUACAACAGGCAUGCUCGGAGGUACGCCCUUCGGUGCGCCGAUGGAAGUCGAGGAGGAGAGAAUGGGACGAGGCGAACGGUCCAAAAAGAAGCGGCGUUUCCGAAGCUUGAGUCCGCUUGGCCGAGGUGGUACACCGGGAGGGCGAGGGACACCAGACGUUGGGGGAUACGGAGGUGGCGGAGCUUUGACAGACCAAGAGAGAUAUCAAUGGAGGUGCAUGCACUGCAGGAUAUGGGGCACAAGUGUCUGGGCUGUGAGAGAUGGGCCAGCAGGUCCAAGAACUUUAUGUGCCAACUGUGGUUAUCUCUACGAGCGUGACCAGAGACUGCCCCGUCAAAGCAAAAACAUCCAUAUAUCAGAUAUCCGUGGAUAA